AUGCUUUCCACUAAACAAUUUUUGGUAACCGCAGCUUUCAUGCUGUCGUACUUUGCUACCUUUGCAUUCGGUAAAACCUUCACUGGUAACACUGUCCUAAACGGUCUAACUAUCUUCAUUCUACCUGUCACUGUCUCUACUGAUGCUAAUUUGGUUAUCCAAUCUGGUCUAAUUCACAACUUCUUCAACACUAUCACUAACAGAGGUGGUCUAUACAUCUGUGAAACCAAGGCUAUUAACGUCGGUAUGACUGUCCUUGCCGCUGGUAACAUUAACAAUUACGGUACUUUCGUUGUUGAUGACUCUACUGCUUUAACUGGUCUAACCUUCAAGUCUGCUGGUAUCAAGUUCUACAACGCUGGUGAAUUCUUCGUUUACGGUAAGAAACCACUUAUCACUGGUUCGGUUUUCAGAAUCUGGGCUCUUUCUUUCCACAAUGAAGGUCUAAUGGCUUUCUACCAAAAUGGUAGCUCUGACUUCUUAUCUACUGUCGAACUAGGUCCAGAAACUUUAAUCGAUGCUCUACAUGUCACUAACACUGGUACUAUCUGUCUAAGAUCCAUUAACAUGCACGCUAGAGUUGCCUUCGAAGGUGAAGAUGGUUGUAUUGAUGUCGGUGCUUACUCUACUUUGACAGUUAACCACUUAAUCUCUAGAUCUGUCAAGUCUCAAACUAUCUACAUGUCCGAUGAAUCUUCUGUUGUCUACGUUAAGUCUCUACUAGGUCUAACCUCUCUAACCGUUAGAGGUUGGGGUAACAAUAACAAGAUUUACUUCGGUAUCACUGUUCUAUACUACACUUACAACACUGCUUCCGGUAUAUUAACCGUCAUUGAUGGUCUAAAUUUCAUCAGAAUCGACAUUGGUACUGGUUACGAUCAAUCUAACAUGUUCAGAACUACCAACCAUCUAUUAAUCGGUUCCGGUAUUGCUUACAACGCCCCAGCUCCUGAUGCUUCCAGACCAGCUAACUGUGCCGAAUGUACCGAAGUUCCAGACUGUCAAGACGCUCUAAACGCUGAAUCUUCUGUCUCUACUGAAUCUAACACUUUCACAAACACUGAUCUACCAUCUCCAUACACCACCACUGUCUCUGCUUCCGGUACCACUGAAACCCAAUUGAUUUCUUUCUUCUGGACUACUGACUCUGCUGGUUCUUCUUUCCCAGUCGAAACUGUUUACACUCUAACCGGUUCUGCUGCUUCUUCUCUAGACGCUGAAUCUAAGACUGUUUCUUCUUCUGUUUCUUCUGUCGAAUCUUCCGUUGCUGCUUCUUCUGCUGCUUCUUCCGUUGCUUCCGUUGAAUCUUCUGUUGAAUCUUCUUCUGUUGCUGCUUCUUCCGUUGUUUCUUCCGUUGCUUCUUCUGCCGCUUCCUCUUCUGCUUCUGGUUCUCUAUCUUACUACACCACCACCAAGGCUGAUGCUUCCACCACCGAAACCUUGAUUGUUUCUGAUUACACCACCACUGAUAACAACGGUAACACUGUUACUUUAGAAUCUACCUACACUAUCACUGCUUCUCAAGCUCCAUUGACCACCUACACUACCACUGUUGUUGUUGAUGGUACCACUUCUGUCUACGUUGUCUGUGACUACACUACCACCGACGCUAACGGUAACACUGUCACUCUAGUUUCUUCUUACCCAUGUAUCACUGAUGGUACUGCUACCACUUACACUAGAACUAUCACUGCUGAAAUCUGUACUUCCACUGUUGUUGUUUGUACUUGUACUUCUACCAAGUCUAACGGUGAAACCGUUUCCACUUUGACUACCUACCCAGCUACCUACACUCCAACUGACAUGUCUGGUGACUCUUACACCACCACUGUCGUUGUUGGCGGUACUGUCACUGAAGUUGUUGAAUGUGACUACUUGACCACUGACUCUGCCGGUAACACUUACACUGCUCACUCUACUGUCACUGAAACUUCUUUGACUACUACCACUGAAACUGUUUGUGAAACCUGUACUGCUACUGCUACUAACGCUGGUAAGAACAAUGAAAACACCAAUGCCUCCGCUUCUAACGGUUCUAAAAAUGGUGCUAACACUGCUUCUGAAGAUACAACUACCACCAUCACCAACACUGCUGUCUCUACCAAGACUGCUUCCCAAGUUGUUGAAGUACAAUCUGCUUCCUCCACUGCCACUGCUAACAACCUAUCUGAAUACGAAGGUUCUGCUUCUAACAUGGUUGUUGGUUCAUGGAUCGCCAUGGCUUCUGCCUUUGUCUUCCUAUUAUUCUAA